AAUUGGGGAAAGUACAAAUAAAUCUCAGUUCGAAGGAGAAAACGCUCCGACCAUACUUCCGUCAAACCCACCGUCCCUCCCCACACACACCGCCUCACACACCUCACCUACCUCGGGGUUAGGGUUUUAUAGCCGGAGCAGAUAUGCAACAACCACAGCAGAUGAUUCCUAUGAUGCCUUCAUACCCUCCCACUAACAUCACCACCGAACAGAUUCAAAAGUAUCUCGAUGAGAACAAGAAAUUGAUUUUGGCAAUUUUGGAUAAUCAAAACCUCGGAAAACUGGCUGAAUGUGCCCAGUACCAGGCUCAGCUUCAAAAGAAUUUGAUGUAUUUAGCUGCAAUUGCUGAUGCCCAGCCACAAGCACCGGCAAUGCCUGCCCAGAUGGCUCCACAUCCUGCAAUGCAACCAGGAGGGUUUUACAUGCAGCACCCUCAAGCAGCAGCUAUGGCUCAGCAACAAGGUAUGUUCCCACAGAAGGUGCCCCUACAGUUCAAUAACCCACACCAAAUGCAAGAACACCAGCAGCAACAGCAGCAGCUACACCAACACCACCAACAAGCCAUCCAAGGCCAAAUGGGUAUGAGACCCGGAGGUACCAACAACGGCAUGCAUCCCCCGCAUUCCGAGACCACUCUUGGAGGCGGCAGCAGUGGUGGUCCCCCUCAAGCUGCGGGCCCGAGCGAUGUACGUGGAGGAAACAAGCAAGAAGCUUCCGAGGCCGGGGCAGGUGGCAUUGAUGGCCAGGGCGUCUCAGGUGCCGGGCAUGGUGGAGGGGAUGGAGAGGAUGCCAAGUGAUGUGGCCCGUGGGUCAUGUCCCACAUAGAUCCAUGUGGGUGUUGAUAAGUAGGUCUCUCUUAACAGUAGAAUGGAAUUUGGUCUGGUGAGCUUUCCUAUCUUGAACAAGGAACAGAGUCUUGAUUGUUUUACUCAGUUUUAUAGAACAGGUAGGUUUGUGUUGUGUUUUUAAGAACCUGGCAUGCCCAUGAAAGAAGACCAUAUUUAGUGAUAAAAGGAUUGAUGUUUGUCGAUGCCCGCAUAUGUCGUUCUGUAACAGCUUAUAAUGGAUGCUGGGUGUUGUAGAAACAGUGAUCCCUACACAUUUCUGGUGUUGGUCAUAGUCUCUAUAAGGUCUCUUCUGAAAAUUGAAUCAAGUAUUGGUUCUCUUGCUUAUGA